CAUACUAGAGGCAUCGAAUCUGCAUGGCACUUCAUACGACAUCCUAACGGAAUACUCUGGCGAGAAGCUCAGAUAUCAUGCUCGCGGCUCACGAUCAAGAAAAUUUGGUGCAUAGUCAUCAGGCCGCUGCCGCGGCAAAGCCACUUAACCAUGGGGCGAAGCAACUCCAAUUUAGAACGCCUGCUGCCAAAGCUCCUAAAACGCCAUUCAAGAUACCUUUGAACGAUGAAAAUGCCCCGAACACCUUCAAUGGCAAAUUUCAAAAAUCCACUGUCAAAGGCCAAGCCUUCCAGAUGGCAAAUGGAAAGAAUGGUCCUGCCGUGGAUAAGAAUGCUUUCAUCACCCCGAUGGGUCCGAGUACUCGCGCCCCUCUGGGUAUGAAAACAACGAAUGCAAAGGCAAAGACAAUCCAAACCCCAGCUGGGCAAGCAUUGGGUACAGUAAAUGAAAAGAACCAGCAACGAAGCACCACCUCUCGGAAGGUUAAAACACGGCAGCCACAAAUCGAAGUCUUCAAGUCUACUGAAACCGGGAAUCUUGAAGAUGAGGAGAUACCUGAUAUUGAAUAUAUGCCUCCAAGAUCAAAGGAUAUCCAAGAUUAUCCGGAUGAUUUCUUGCUUAAUAUGGAUUACAGCCAGCUUCGUGGCUCGAAUUUGACGCGUGGUUGGUAUCAAACAUAUUGUAACCCAGUUGGCCCUGAUGGGUUGACAAAAUUUCAGCGUCAAGAGAAGGAGGCACAAGCGAGACAUGAGAAGGAAGUAGACACGAUGCUCAGGAAAGCUUUUGACGAAAUGACUUUUGACUUGCCUGAAGUGCAAAACAAUGAUAUCUGUGCGAACCAGAAAAUAAAAACACAGUCGGAAAGUUCCAAAAGGAUUCCUUCGAGCAAAGGUUUGCAAGCGCGACAGAAAACGAGCAGGCCUCUUGCUAAGGGCCCUUCCUCACUUCGCUCAAAGGCUGCGGCAUCUGCACUUUCUUACCACAACCCAGCUUCUGAGGCUUCAAAUCCCAACCAAGCACGGCCUUUAAUAAGAGCGAAAGUUCCGACGUCGAUCAUGGGUCGUUCGAAGCAAGCACCUGCACCAACAAACCCAUCAUCAAUGCGUCAUACUGCAGCCAAAGUCACUUCUCAAAAUACCAUUGGUUACACAAGGGGCCGGGCUACUUCAGUUUCUCUCAGGGCUAACGAUUCAUCCGAGUCAAGCAAAUCAAAGUCGAUCGAUGCAACGGUAUCAAGUGAACACCAACCAUUGAUCAAUCAUUUUGAAGCCCAUUAUUCGCCCGAGGCCGGCUCCGACGAAUGGAACAAACUUCGAGGUUAUGAUACCGCUGAAGACGAGGAUGAAGAUAUUGAAGACGCACUCAAAGGACGUGGAAAUAACUUUCUUUACCUGGACGAGGAUGCAGAUAAGGAUUUUGUUCUGACUCUCUAGGCUGUAGCUCUAAUAAGCCUUAAGGCUUCUUCAGGGGGUGAAGAUUGAUAAAUGGAACUGGCGUCAAGGACAUGGAUGGAGUUUGAUGAUCAGGCUUAUUAUGGGGCAGGAAUGGCCUUCAUAAGAGAUUGGCAGGGAAGAGAUAUUGCUGACGGAUUAAAUUCAUUUUCCUUCUUCUCUUUUUUAUGCGUCGGCUGGUCGCAAAUGCGGACAAAUUUGGUACAAAGGAAUGACUUGAACCCUCUUUAAACAUAAAUACUCGACUUGGGCGUUCAUAUUGUAUUAACGAAGAUAUGGUCCUAAUGAAGCUUUUUUUUUUUUUUUUUCGAGCUGUGCAAAAACUGUAGUAGCUAUGUU